AUGAGUCCAUCAUUCCCAGUGUUGGCCAUUGUGGCCAUCUGUUGCGCUCAUUUAAAUCUCGCUCAUUCUGCAUCCGCUCGGGCACGCUCAUUGGAAGAGGUUAGGGCACGGAUAAACCGAGUCCCCCGUCUGGUUGCAGCACAGCAUCGGGAUAAGAGCUCGCGAAUCGUGGGUGGCGUGAAGACGAGCAUUGAGGAAGUUCCCUAUCAGGUAUCGCUGCGGUAUAUGAACAGCCACAUCUGCGGUGGAUCCAUCAUCUCGUACGCCUGGGUGCUGACGGCUGCCCACUGCCUGGACUGGUAUCCGAACAAUGAAGAAAUUGCGGUGCUCACGGGAAGCAGCAACUAUUCGGGGGGAGGGUCGCUGCACGAGGUGUUCUACUACCAUCUGCACCAGGACUACGACAUGAUGGAGUUCCAGUGGGACGUGGCGACGAUACGCGUCCGGACGCCCAUGGUGGGACCGGGUCGGGCGGUCGUGCCGUUGGCCUCCGGUGCCGAGUGGCAAAUCGGCGCGAACGUCACGGUGACUGGCUGGGGCUAUGCGGUUCCCUACGGCGACCUGGUCGACAACUUGCAGCUGGUGCGCCUGGAAGCCCUCUCUCGAGCGGCGUGCAACGAAAGCUGGACCGGCUAUAUUACCGACGACAUGAUUUGCGCCGGAGGUGCCGACGUUGAUGCGUGUGACGGGGACAGCGGAGGUCCGGCGGUACAGGCGGGUGUCCAGUACGGCAUCGUGUCGUGGGGCGAUAGUGAAUGUGGCAGCGGACUGCCGGGCGUGUUCACCAACAUUGCUCAUCCUUCGGUGCGGAAUUUCAUAUGGCGUACGACGAUGGUUUAA